AUCAACGGUUCUUCGAGGAAACGACAUAUCUGGCUAAAAGCGAAGCGAUCUACUAUUGUCUCUAGUGUUCUACAAUUCAUCGUAUAACCAAGCGAAAUACAGUUUUUACCAAUUCAUUGAUCGAAAAAAGAAAGACAACACCUAAGGUUUUAUUGCAGCAAGCUUUCUUGAGUUGUCUCCCAUAUCUUGUCAACGAGGAUCGCAAAGACCAGUGUGACUACAAUGGCUGUUCGUGUAAAAAGUGAUAAAGUCCGCUACACUGACGCCUACAUUGAAGCUGUAUACGACUACAACACUACAGCUGUCGAGAAAGAUGAGAAUGGAGGUUACGUAGCAACGCCCCACAACACUCGCUUCACUUUCCGGACCAAACGGAAGGUGCCCAAGCUGGGUGUCAUGCUGGUGGGCUGGGGUGGCAACAACGGCUCCACCGUAACGGCAGCGGUGCUGGCCAACAGGCUCGGGCUGACGUGGAAGACGAAGGAGGGCCUGCAGUCGGCCAACUAUUACGGCUCCAUCACGCAGGCGGCCACCGUUUGUCUAGGCAUGGGACCGGAAGGCGAGGUGCAUGUGCCGCUCAAAAGCAUGCUUCCCAUGGUCCAGGCUAACGACAUCGUCUUCGAUGGCUGGGACAUUUCCUCCACCAACCUGGCUGAUGCCAUGGAGAGGGCCUGUGUUCUGGACUACGGGCUGCAAGAGCAGCUGCGCCCCUACAUGCAGGACCUCAAGCCUCGCCCUUCCAUUUACUGCCCCGACUUCAUCGCGGCCAACCAGAAAGGGCGAGCAGACAAUUUGCUGACCGGCACCAAGCAGGAGAUGAUGGAAAAGAUCCGCUCUGACAUCCGAGACUUUGUCAAGACCAGUGGUGUAGACAAGGUGAUCGUACUGUGGACAGCCAACACCGAGCGGUUCUCCGACAUCAGACCCGGGCUCAACGACACAGCCGCCAACCUGCUGGCGAGCAUACGACGUAACGAGGCGGAGGUGUCUCCGUCCACCUUGUUUGCCGUAGCCAGCAUCCUGGAGGGGGUGACCUACAUCAACGGCUCCCCGCAAAACACCUUUGUGCCAGGCUGUAUUGAACUCGCGCAGAUGAAAAAGGUGUUUAUUGCUGGUGACGACUUCAAGUCUGGACAGACCAAGUUCAAAUCAGUGCUGGUCGACUUCCUGGUCAGCGCUGGCAUAAAACCCCGCUCCAUCGUCAGCUACAACCAUCUGGGUAACAACGACGGUAUGAACCUGUCGGCCCCACAGACCUUCCGAUCGAAAGAGAUCUCCAAGUCCAACGUUGUAGACGAUAUGGUGGAGUCCAACCCACUGCUGUACCAGAAGGGCGAGAAGCCUGACCACUGUGUGGUCAUCAAGUACGUGCCCUAUGUGGGCGAUUCCAAGCGCGCGCUGGACGAAUACACGUCAGAGAUCAUGAUGGGCGGCCGCAACACCAUCGUGGUGCACAACACGUGCGAGGACUCGCUGCUGGCCGCACCCAUCAUCUUGGACCUGGUCAUCAUGGCCGAGCUGUGCGAGCGUAUUUCCUACAAGGUGGAGGGCGAACCCGAGUUCCACCGCUUCCACUGCGUGCUCUCCAUCUUGUCCUUCCUCUGCAAGGCGCCCCUCGUCCCCGAGGGCUCGCCGGUCAUCAACGCGCUCUUCCGACAGCGGGCAUGCAUCGAGAACAUCCUGCGCGCCUGCGUAGGGCUGGCGCCGGUGAACCACAUGCUGCUGGAGUUCAAGACAGAGAAGGUUGGCGAGGUACCGCUUGUGAAAACGAAAACGGAAGUCGGCGAGACCAAGACGAACCUCUCUGAGCACAUUAUGGAGGGACUGAAGAAGAAAGAGCUGGCCAAGAACAGCCAGAAGGCUUUCAUCAGCGGGGCACCCGACCUGCAGAACGGGCAAGCCCUCUCAGUGAUUUUACAGAGCGACAACAUGAUGCAUCGUUGACGAAAAAAUCUUUCAUUUUCUUCAGCUGCGUUAAUAUCUACACACAUACAUUCCUGUCAAAAGUCGCAUUGCUUAACUGUAAAUUAAGAGUGAUCUGUGAUCUCCUUGACAUCGCACUGAAGAAAAGGGGCUCUAAGGACAGGAAUAAACUAUUUUUUUCAUCGCCGGGGCCACUGACCAGCACUGUCGAUGACUUUGCAAAAUGAUGAAAUGAAUCGUCCUCACAAAAGGCCAUUACAUUUUUAUCAACAGUAUUACAUCUUCAAAUUUUUACUUUUGAAAAUAACUGUGUUGGGAUGCAAAAACUGCUGUACACUGAAGUCCCACAAUCAACAGAAGUGGAUCUGAAGCUUUAGAGAGGUGUUGUGCCUGAAUUUAUCAUUUUUUGUACGUCAUGAAAUAAAAAAUAUUUUGUACAUAA